UGACCGCUCAGUUGCUUGCGAACCGCGUUUGGCAUUAGUUCGCAUUUAAAAUAUUGUUCUCUGGUGGCGGUAUACCCACAUUUUAGUGGCACUUGUGUAAGUUCACCCCAUUAUUGGUCUUCAACAUGGCUAAAAUUCAAUUGAUAACCAUAUUUGUGCCGCUGGUAGUAGCGAUGAUGCUUGCAAGUGGUUCAGCGACUGAAUCGGCUGCUACCCUAGAAAACCCUGAAGGGACUGCAUCUGCUAAUGACAUUGCACCUGCAAGUCAAACGGGAUCAAUAGAUGGUGAAACGGCUGACAACGAUGGCACAACUAUUCCGGCAUCGUCUACAACCACAGGUCAGACAACUGAAAAAGGAAAUGGAACCAACUCGGAGAAUGGAGCGCAAAAUGGUGCAGAACCAGAAAAAACUGAGGGAACGGAACCUCCCACAGGGACUUCAACUGCCAGUCCAACCAGCACGGUACAUGCUAAAACGGCUGACAAGAACGACGAAACUCCGCUGUCGUCCAAAACUGCUGAUCAGCAAGACCACUCCGAAAUAGAAACUGAACCGGCGCCUGUAAGUGAAAUGCCAUAUGUAACGCAAAAUGUUACUAAUAAUGGAACUACCACCCAGAAGCCUGAUUCUAGCGGUGCAACUCAACAGCUUCCGAUGGCUGCAGUAACACUCGUGGUGUUAAGUUUAGUGCUUUAUCUCUGAGGAACUGUGGUUCCCACCAUUUAGGGCCAUAUUGAUACCAUGGAUAAUCUCGAAAGCCAAUAGGAAUAAUAAAUAAUAGAUCCUUUUACCCUAAACUAUUCGAAUUGCUACCUGAAUGCGAUGAAUGCAAAUAUGCCUCGCGGCGCUUUUGCUCUGUGCUCAGGUAAACAUUAAAUAUUGUGAUUCGUUUCCAUUAAAAAGAG